AUGCGGCGUGGGUCGGGCAGGCGGUCGAUGCCGGGCGUGUCGGUGGUGUCAGGAGCAGGGAAGACCGAAGCAGAGGUGCGGACAGGGAGCAGUACGGUCGAAAGCGGCGACGAGGAGGCCUAUGUACCGGCGGGCAUCUCGCUGGCCCAGCUUGCAUCGGCUGGAGUGACGGAGGGCUCACUGAGCUUUGAAGAGCUCGGUAUGGACCUCGAGGCAGAGGCCGGACAACCGGGCAGGACAGAGUCGCGGCCGGAUCUCGGGCUGCGAUCGCAGACAUCAGUGCUCUCGCUGACCAAGCUGCACAUGAUGAUGUCGGAGAGCAAUGACGAACCGGGCUCGAUCCGUUGA